AAUCCUGAAGACGCCAUGCGUAUAUUAGCAAAGAGCGAUUCACUAGAAGCUCGCUCGGCUACCGUCUUUACGCUGUUGCAAAUGGAUCGCGUGGAUUUAGCAGUAAAGGAGCUGAAGAAGAUGAAUGAGAUAGAUGAAGAUGCUACGUUGACUCAGCUCGCGCUUGCUUGGGUGAAUAUAGCUGUGGGAAAGGAUAAGUUGAAGGACGCUUAUUACAUCUACCAGGAAAUGAUGGACAAGUAUGGACAAAGUCCUCAACUUUUAGUUGCGCAAUCUGCAGUCCUGAUUCUUCAGGGCAAGUACAAAGAUGCUGAAGCUCUUUUGCACGAGGCUCAACUUCGAGACGCAAAUAACAGUGAAGCGCUUGUUAAUCUUGUGGCAGUUAGUCAGUUUCUUGGAAAGGAUUAUGAAGUCAUGAAGCGAUACAUCGCUCAGUUGCGCGAUAUUGAUGCUAAACACCCAUGGGUACUCGAUUUGGAAGCCAAGGAAGCCUUGUUUGAAGAACUUGCCUCGGCAUAA